GCUCCUUGUUUCCUUUUUAUUUAUAGUAAGGUUUUUUUUUCUUUUAAAAAAGACGACGGUCAACUUAGCAGUUUUUUAAGUCGUCUUUGGAGCAGUCUUGAAAUUGUAUUUGCUUAAACCUAUUAUCAGCAUUUGCUUUGUAACUUCUUUCAAGACACAUUUCAAUCUGGAAUACUGCAUCAAUCUUACCUCGCAUUCUUGGGAAAAAUCACUUUGGAAAAAAUUUAGGAACUUAAAAAAUCUUUGCUAUCUUGAAAUUCUGGACCGCUUACGCAACUGUCAACAGAUCCACAACACAGUUUUUUAUAUAUUUUUUCAAUGGCUCAGUCAGACUUCUGUGCCAACACGGACCUGUCAGACUCCACUGUGGUCCAGAGGCUGGUCACUUUUUGUCCAGAGGCAAACACACAGACUGAAGGAGAAAAUGGAAAUGCUGAAGAUGAGGAAAUUGAACUCGCCGACGAGGUGGGGGAGGAUGUCUUGUUGAUGGUUGGGCCAGCUGAAGAAGAAGGUCCAGAGAAGGGUGAAGCAGAAGAAGUAGGAAUCCUCCCAAUAGAGCUAAAACCAAGUGUAGUGACAGAGGGACAAGAUGGGCAUGGAGAAAGACAGGAGGAAAGCGGAGAGAAAGGAGAAAAAGAACUAAAAGAUGAACAAAAUGAGAAAGAGAGCAGUGUUGGGGUACAAGCUUUACAGACAUCAACUGAAGACUUUUUGGCAGCAGUAGAAAUCAAACAUAUGGAACUUGAAGGUGAUGACAAAGCGGCAGGUAACGAAGAGGUCAAAAACUGUCUGCAGAUGAACAUAGAGAGUACACAGCUAAUAGUGGAAGAUGUGGAAGAACUCCAGACAGUAACAUCAAUUAAGGAUUAUGUCAUGACAAGCGUUGACAUUUUGGCUUUGGGCAGUGAAACAAAAAAGGGCGAUGGAGAAGAAUCAAUGAAUGAGGGGAUUAUCCAGGAAGAUUGCUCCAAUAAAAGAGAGAUAGGGACUGCUGAAAACCAAAUUGAUUUACCAGAUGCGCUGCAAUUUGAAGAUAGCAAAGAUGACAACAGUGAAGAUGAAAUUAGUGACGGUGAAGACGGAGAGACUGAGAAAGCGGGUGGAAUCCAGGAUGAGCAGCAUCACCGAAUCAACACCGAAAGUUUUUGUCACAUAUCAGGACUGGUAGAAGAUGAUAACUGCCAACAAGAAAAUGAUGAGCACAAAGACACAGAAGAAGCCAGUGGGAAAAAGGGGGUCAUGCAGGAAGAGAGAAGGCUAAAGAAAACAAACAUGAAGUCUCAGGUCUCAGCAAAGGAUGAAUGUGGUACAGAAAGAUACACAAAUGAAGCACAUGGAAUGCCAGAUAAAGCAUCUGGGAACGAGGAAAGCUUACUGGGCAAGGAAAGACCGCAUGACAUGAACAUGGUGCCCGAAUGUCUAAUGUGUCACUAUACGUCACUGGAUGAAGGCCAAGAUGACCAAGACGAAAACGGGAAAAAUGAUGAGGAUAACACACAGGGCAUUGUGGACGUAACAGAAGAUAUGAUUGAGAAAAGUGAACAUGAAAAUAUGCAUGUCAAAGGAUUAGAAGAGCACCAGAUGACCAUGGAUGAGGACCCUCACAGCGUUCAAGGGUCAGCUACAAAUAUAUACGAGACCUUUGAAUGUGCACUGACCACAGAUGAAGCUGUUGUCAAUGACAACAUAGAAUACACUCACAGUGUUCAAGCCUCACUUCUAGAUUCACAGAAAAACCUUGAAGGUAAUGGCAUGCACGCUGCCAAGACAUCUAUCAGAUCAGAGGAUGAAAUGAAAGAUGCUAGCACGGAUGAAGCAAUGCAGGUAAAAAGUCAAACAGAUCCCUACGAGGGUUUGCCUGAAAGUGAGGUUAUCAUACCUUACUUAGCUCCAAUUGAACCCACUGUUGAUCAGACUAUACAGUUGAAGGACAAGGAGAAAAAUAUUGAAAAUACCCCAUAUGACAAUAUCGUCAGCUCAGGUAAACAGGAAUCCAAUAGCAUCUCACAACUUGACUUCCAGGAUGAGGAGAUUUUGGAGUGUGUGGAUGUCAACAUGCCUGCUUCAGAUAGAGAUACAACACCAAGUCUGGAAACUGAAGAUGAACCUAAUAUUGAGCAUAUCACUUAUUUUAAUAAACUAGACAAAGACAGUUGUAUUGGAGGAACGGGUAUAUUUGAAAUUAAGGAGCAAGAGCAAAUGAGUUUGCAGAUGGCUGAGAAUGACAAAGAUCCAGAGCAGAAAGACUUGGAAAACAUUAUUAAGCUUGAUCACCAGAUUGAGGAUAUACAUUUAAGCAACCAAACAGAGCACGACUUUGCACUAGAAAAAGACGUGGACCUGCUUGGGGAGGAGAUGAUGUUCGAGGAGUCCAUAGUUGAUGGAAGCAAAGAAAAUAUGGAUAGUAGAGACAACAUGGGGGAGAGGCUAUAUCAAGAAUUGGUAGCAGAACCUGUGACAAUUUUAGAUGAUAACGUUGAUGAGAUAGACAAGGCUCAAAACACAGAACUUGAAGGUCUGGAGACUAUUGGUGAUCAAUGUGAAAAUGCCAUUGUCCUGACAAAAAGUGAAUGCCUUCACAAGCUGACACAAAGUAACAAAUCAGACCCAGACGAAGACGAGAAGCUGGGUCGAAAUGACUUGGAAGUGGAUAUGAAUGGUCGAGUCAAAGAAUUGAAACAGGCCAUGGAGAACGAGAUACUUUGUCUUGAUCCACAGCCAUUAAGGAAGGAGGUGAAAUUGUUGUCCACUCGGAGAAAAGAUAAUGCAUGGAUUAAAGUAGAGCAAUCAGAACACGAGGCAGCACCAGAAGAGCAGGAAGAAAAUCUUGUGACAACAGAUGUCAGAGAAAUAGAGACUGGCGAGAAGAAAGAUGCUUUGACUGAGAUUUUAAGUGUGCCUGUGAGGGACGAAUGGAUGAAGGAGCUAAAGUCAGUGAUUAAGGAUGAUGUCCUUUCAAAACAGAGAGAGCAGCAAGUGAAGAAGAAGAAGGUAGUGCUGUUUGAGGAUGGACAGUCAUUUUUACCCUAUCCGGAGAAGCUGACAGAGAGGAGACAGGAAAUGGUGUCUCACAAAGCGGUGGAGAGAGCUUUGCCUGCUGUUCAGGAGAACACAACAAAAGCAACACUGGACCAAGAUGAUGAGAUCUCACUUUAUGUCAAGGCAGGGAGCGAUGGGGAGAGCAUUGGGAACUGUCCUUUCUCCCAGCGACUCUUCAUGAUCCUCUGGCUCAAAGGAGUUAUUUUCAAUGUCACCACCGUUGACCUCAAGCGGAAACCUGCAGAUCUACAGGACCUCGCUCCUGGUACCAACCCUCCAUUCAUGACCUUUAAUGGUGAAGUCAAGGUGGACGUCAACAAAAUAGAAGAGUUCUUGGAGGAGAAACUGACCCCGCCACGCUACCCUAGACUGGCUUCUAAACAUCCUGAAGCCAACACAGCCGGCAUCGAUGUGUUUGCCAAGUUCUCUGCUUACAUCAAGAAUGCCAGGAAAGACACCAAUGAAGUCUUAGAGAAAGCGUUGCUGAAGUCUCUUCGUCACCUUGACGACUUCCUGCGGACUCCUUUACCAGAGGAGAUAGACGCCGACGCCCCGGGAGAUGUCCCUGAGUCCAAAAGGAGCUUCCUUGACGGGCCAGAGCUCACGCUGGCAGACUGCAACCUGCUCCCUAAACUACACAUCCUAAAGGUGGUGGCCAUGAAGUAUCGUAACUUUGAAAUCCCGACUGAGAUGACAGCUGUUUGGCGGUACUUGAACUGUGCCUAUCAGAGGGAGGAGUUCAGCAGCACCUGCCCGGCCGAGAGGGAAAUUGAGUUUGCUUAUGUGGGUGUUGCAAAAAAAAUUAAAUAAGGUCGAAACCUACAGAAGAUCAAGGUGGUCAUGAGAAAUGUGAACUAACAAGUGACCAGUAUUUGAAAACAUGUCCCAAAAGGUAACUAUACAUUGUGGAUUAACGCAUGUAGGUGUGGACCUACAGGCUUGCGCUAUAGAAUACAAUCUCAAUUGUUCAGGUCAUUGUAUUCUCAGGGCAUUGAACUUGACUGUUAAUAUUGUCUUAAAAUACAUUUGGUCUCUCAUCUGAGCAGGUUGAAUAAAUUAUGCUCAUAGACAUAGAUAGGACAGCUCUAGUCUGAUAGCAUUGUACAGAAUCCAAAGUAUUUAUCCUCUACCAGACAAGGAUGGAGUCACUCUAUUCUAAGACAGUUGUUAAGAUAUAUAAAAAAACAUAUUGGUGUAUGCUGUCCAGCGCAGUGACGACUGCAUUGAUUUAUGGAUUGGGAAAACACAACAACUACUAAACAUGUGCAUGACACAACACAUAUGAGCAAGCAUACUUAGCUGUCUACCUGCACCUCAUUGAGAGAAACAGCACUUUUUUAGGACAAAAAUGUAUAUGUUCUGGACAAGGAGGACAAAUGUUUUGAGAGGGGAGUGAGGAAAGUGCUAUGUCAAAGCUGAAGAACCAUCCAUGAACAGAGGAAGGGGUCUGGUACGACACCUAUAACCCAAAUGCAAUGCUGUCCUUUCAAUCCUUCAUUUUUAGCUUCUGAAAAAUAACAACAGGAUACAGACGUGAAACCUUUAUUUACUUACGCCUCUUUGCGUACUUUUCGGUUUACGAACGUUUACAUAGGGCCAAAUAUGCAUCUGUGUGCAAACAAUGAGAAGAGGCAGGGGCCUCUACGUCACAUCCUGUUUACAUCCUGUACAUACAGCCGCAGCCAUUUCAAAGACCAUCGACUGCGAGCAGCGCUUCUGGUUUAUUUCCACAAUUGUUAUACAUUGUGCAUGUAUUGUUAUACAUUGUGCAUGUCAGAGUUGUCAGCCGGUCUUAAAGAUCACUUUGUGUGACCAGAAACGCUUUAAAUGUGUCUGAACUUUAGGUUGCUAGACAACUGCUUUGACCCAGCAUUUUAGCUAUUUUGCCUCCGGGCUUGCAGCCCCUUCAGUUCGAGGACUUUAUCGGCGAAGGGGCAUUUGUUCCGCAGCAAGUCUUUAAUUUUGAUGGGACCGAAAAAGAUUCCACAGCGGACUUUAUUACAACGUAGGAGAAGGCACUACCGGGACACAACUCGAUGAAGAAUCGCCUCAAACUGCGAGUUUGUUCUAACGCUAGCGGUGACUACGUGAAACCACUGCUGUUUUAUAACUCCGAAACUCCCAGUGUUCAACAAUGCCACAAAUAUUCCCAUGCAUACACAAGGUAAAAUUAUUUUAGGUUUUUUUUGUAUUUGGAGUGCAACCACAAGACACACGACGUGUGUGCUUGUUAUGCUAGUUUUAUAUGUAUAUA